AUGGCGACCUUGAAGGAGCGAAACUACAUCAGUACCGUCAGUACCCUCCUAAAUUACCUUAUCGCUCGCAUCUGGCUGGGGCCGGACUCGUGAAGGCCAGCCGAUGUUGAUCGUCGACUGCUGUCUUUGGUCCCAAUCCUAUAGUUCGCAGGUCUCAAAGGCACGGCCAUCACAGCAGGAUCGUUCCUCGUCGUCGGUUUCGCUAUGAAUGAGGUCCUCAAGCGGCUGAGAAGGUACCCCGAUGAGGACCGCCGACGCGCCAAGGGCGAGAAGGUGCGCGAUCGAGGCGUCGAGGCCUACGCGAUGGGCUACGUGUAUCGAGCAAGGUCGUUUGUGCCGCACCUCCCAACACCCGACUUCGGACCCAGACCAUUGGCUUGGAUCUAUUCGACCUCGUACAAGCUGCCCGAAAAGUUUUACGAGGUCCACUGCGGCGCGGACGCGACGACCUAUCUGAGAUUUCUGCGCGGCACCUUCUACUGGACCUUAUUGCUCACAUGUACCAUAUUUCCCCUCCUGCUCUCGAUCCACUUCAUCGAAUCCGAUGCGACCGUCAGCACCGCUUCGAUUGAUCGUGCGUCGCUGACCUCGCUCGUGCUCAAACCGAACGGCACGCGCCUGCUGUGGGUGCACGUCAUCUGCAUCUGGCUCAUGACCUUCUCCUGGUACGCCGUGCUCGGGUGGAUCGGUUACGGCACGGUGCGCAUCCGUCGCAACAACCUUCGUCGACUGUUGCGCGACGAAGCCGACUUCCUCGCAAAGGGCAACACCGGAUCCGCCUUUGCAGGAUCAGAACCUAGGCCCAUGAACCCCGACGACGAGCGACCAGUGGGAUGGCGGUGGAGGACGAUCCUGAUGCGCAACAUCCCACCAGCUAUGCGGUCCGACGAAGCCAUUCGUGAAUACUUUGAGUCGGCUCUGCGCUACGGUGGCGAGCCUUCCUCGUCCGACGUCGACAAGUUGGAGUGCAAAGAGGCGGAAGCGAUCGAGAUGAAGAGCAGCCGCCGUGCGCUGCCGCCGACCUCUCCCCGGUCCAGCUCCUCGGCGCAUCCUCGACUCAUCUCCGAUAUCAUCCUCGUGCGCAAGCAGAACGAACUGAACGAGCUCUAUGUCAAACUGCGUGCCGUUCAACACGAACUCGAAUCGGCACAUACCGAGCUGGCUCAGAACGUGAUGAAGUUCGUCACGGCCAAGGUCGAAGAGCAGAGGAGGCGCGACGAAGGUCUGCCCAUCAAAAAGUCAUUCUGGCGUCGCCUGUUCAAGCAAAAGAAAGCGACAGUUGAUGAAGACCUGGAAAGUGUGGCGAGGCAGGGCGACCACAAGAUCAUUGAUGCGCUGCGCAAGUUCCUUGUGGAUCCGGAUCAACCCCUCGACUAUGGGGAACCUGGAGCAUUCUGGAUCGCCCUGAAUGCACUGCACUCCUCGGAUAUCACCCUACUGGAUCGAUUUCAACCCCUCGUCCAGCUCAAGCACUUUUACAACGGUCAGAAGGUGCCCUCGAUCGACUACCACCUGGCAAAGAUGAAUCUGCUCACUCGCCUCAUCGAGGAGAUUCGAGCCAACCCCGAGCAGAUCGAAAUCGCCUCGUCGGCGCUCAUCACCUUCGAAUCCGCCACGGACGCACGACGAGCUCGAAAGGAGCUGAAACCUAGGAUGCAUGGGCGCCAUCGCUUCGGGCAGCAAGCACUGGCGUGCAAGAUUGAGAUUGCCCCCGAGAAGCGCGAUCUCGAUUGGAACAAGCUGGUCAACAUCUCCCUGUCGGGCGACAUCCUGCGUGGCUUCCUCUUGCAGACCGCGAUCUGGGCAGCGACGAUCAUUUGGGUCAUCCCCGUGUCCUUCGUCGUCGGCCUCUUGUCGCUGAGCUCGAUCUCCAAGUACAUCCCCAAGCUCGCCAAAGUCUUGGAGGACAACACCGUGACCCAAUCCUUAUUCCAGAGUUUGUUGCCGACCUCGAUUGUGGCAUUGUUGGGUAUGCUCGUCCCGACGUUGAUUGGCAUCAUCACGAGGAACGGUCAAGCUCUUAUCACCACCACCCGAGUGCACUCCGCUGUUCAAGCGAGGUACUGGAAGUGGAGCAUGACCAAUAUUGUGCGUUUCUCACCUCGUACUCGUGGGCAGCAAAUCUUCGUUCGCUUACUAGACUUCUGCUUCACAGAUUCUUCUUUUCUGCAUCGGACUUACCGCGUUCAACGCUUUCUUGAAUGCAUUCAAGCAACCCACGAGUGUCCUUACUGUUGUCGCUUCGUCCUUCCCGAAAGGUGCGACUUUCUUCGUUUCAUGGACGCUCCUGGUUGUCGGAGUGCAUCACGGAAUCGAGAUCGCCCUCUUUGGUAUUCCCUGGAUCAACCAUGCCUCGUGAGUAGGAAUGUGUGGCAAGGGGGUGCAGGCACAAGUGAUCACCCACUUGGCAUCUUUCCGCCUUUGCAGAAUCCGCAAGUACAAGGCACCUCGCAAGCGCGCCUUGGAGAACGAACCUCGCUUCUUCAACUAUGCCUAUUGGAUGCCGAAUCAUCUGAUCGUCUUCGCGGUGACGGCGAUUUUCGCCUGCCUCAAUCCUCUCGUUAUUGCGUUCAAUAUGUUCUAUCAGCUUUUCGAAAUGAUCGUGUUCAAGUCUCAGGUUAGUGAUCACCGUUUAGGACGAAUUAUCCCCACUAUCUAUACUGAGUUGAUCGCUGAUCCCCUAUCACAGGUGUCUCAUGUAUACUGGAGGCGGUGGUAUGAGAAUGGCGGUCGUUACAUCUACCGUCGUCUUUUCCGCUAUUCCCUGGACGUCUUUCUGGUCGCCCAGACGAUCAUCAUGGCGUUCAUGUUUGUCACGAGAAAGCCAAAGUACGGCGGUGCGGUCAUCCCUCUGUUACCCGUCACGGUCAUCGUCAAACUCAUCGGAACGAGAUGGUUCGAUGCCCUACUGGACGAAAUUGACGAGGCCGAGAUCGAUAUUGUGUGUUGCGAUGAUGCUCAGAUCAUCGAGGAUCUUUCCGUGCCUUUGACCGACUUUGACCACAACAUGCACAAUCUGUCGCUUGGCGAGGCGUACGGAACGAUCAAGACUUUUACUACGAGGUCAGAAACACGAUGAGCUUAUAUGUUCAUUUCUUGACACAAUGCUGACGUUCGCGCGCCUUCCUUCGCGUAGUACUCUGCCCGCUCUCGCUCUCCGCCCGCACGAGAAGCUUCCCAUUAUCCCAUCGCCGGCCAAGAGUGCCGAGCACCUUCACAGUCGCGCUGGAUCUACUAGUACUGCGCAGAGCCCCACUGCAGGUCACACAAGUCAUCGCCACCACCAUUUGAGGCACUCUUUGGACGACAAUGUGCCGUUGACGCAGGUCGAGACGCUGCGGACGCCGACGCCGACGACCGCCGAUCUCACGGUCACGGAUGUGUUCGGCCCCAAAUCGAGCCCGCCUUCAUCUCGCGAUACGUUCGAUUUGAAACAAUUCGCACAAGGCGAUCAUGGCUCAACGGCGCCGAAGCCUGCGUUUGUUGACGAGACGAAAUUGAUCGCGCUCCAUCCUCCACUCACGCGCGAUGAUCGACCGGUCACGAAUGUCCGGUACGACAACCCCGCUCAGGUCGCGCCUUUGGAUAGAAGCCUAUGGCUACCAUCAAACCCGCUCAUCCCCGUCGACCUCGGGGACACGAUCGAUUACUACGGUCGCGCCAUGGUUUCAAGCGAAGGCGGAGAUGGGAUGAUUGGGAGAUGGGAUGAUGACGAGUAUCUGAGCGAUGAGACUGCAAUCGUUGCGGCCGAUGGUCAAGCCGUGACCACUCCUGGUGGUGAAGGCAAUGGAUUCCUGUCUGUGCUUAAGCGUUCCUCCAGUCGGACCUCGGGCAGCACCAAGAGCCGACCCGUGCUCAGCGGCAACGAGCGUAUUCGAGUUGCUAGCGAUGUGGCGCUUCGCAUCGAGGCAGAGGGGACUUCGAUUUCAGUCGUUUCUGACGAGCGUCCGCGCAACUCGAGUAUUGGGUCAGCUUCGGGUUCGAUGAUGCCUUCCAUGCGUCGAAAUUCGCUUUCGGAAGCCAGUCAGAUUCAAAUUGUAACUAGUCCGUCGCCGGUUGGGACCUCACCGACAGAGGAGUUCGAUCAAGGCUCUCCUGGACCUCGUCAGGGAUCGUCGCCGUCGAUGCUUCACUCGCCUGCCAGCAAUCUUUCAUCAGCUAGUCCCGUGACACCGUUGCAAGACGACGCUCAAGUCCAAGAGGACGGCACCCAUCUGACUCUGACACCUCGUCGGCCGAGUAACCUGAACCUCGGUGACUCGGCGGCGUUCCGAGUUCGAGACCGCUCCAACUCGGGUCACUCAGGACCUCGAACGCCUAGAUAUGCCUCCAGAACUCGCAACGCACGCUCACCUUCCGUCGCACCAUCAGGCAUCUCGAUCGCUGAAGAGGAAGAAGGCCACAGCGGCGUGGUCGUCAUUUCCCAAUCAGUCGCCUUGAUCGGGGAGGUAUUGGAGGAAGAACGUAAGGAACACGAAGAGAGGAAGGAGAAGGAGCAGAAAAGGCAUGCGCAGGAAUCGCAGGACCGUAAAUUGGGUUGGUUCUCAAAGCUGUUGCUCAAAUAUGGUGGGGAUGAGCAUGAAGCUGAAUCGACUUAG